CGUGUGUCUGCGCGCGCCUUGACAGUGGUGAACAGUGCAGGGGAGUGGAGAGACGCUGGGAGAGGACUCAAACACUCACUCACACACACUUACACACACACUCACCCAUACACACACACACACUCAACACACACUCGGAGGAAGAAAGACGCACCAAAAGACGCACGAAGGUCAGCGGCUUUUUUUUUUCCUCUUAACUGAUAUUCUGCGCCUUUUUUCUCUCUCACCGGCAGGAGAAAGAAAAAGUUUCCAGAAAGAGAGGAAGAGGAGAGGAGUGUCGCUCGGUGUGAGCACGCACAGACAAGCACGCGCUCUUUGGCUUCUUCUUUUUGUCCUGGAGAUAAUUUGAUUUUUAUAAAAGAUUAUUUGUCAUUUUUACGCACCGUUGCUGUUUUGGGGGACGCCUUGUUGUGCGGGCUGUUUGUGCACACAUUCACCCCCCGGGCUCUGUGUUGAUAAACAGUGAAGAAGAAGGAGAAAGAGCAGAAGAAGAAGCGGACCAGGGCGGACCAAAGGGGGCCACAAACUCACCAGGUAUGGCGGCGGUGUUGCCGAGAACCCUGGGUGAGCUGCAGCUCUACCGGAUCCUGCAGCGGGCGAACCUGCUCUACUACUACGAGGCCUUCAUCCAGCAGGGCGGCGACGACGUGCAGCAGCUGUGCGAGGCCGGGGAGGAGGAGUUCCUGGAGAUCAUGGCCCUCGUCGGCAUGGCCAGCAAGCCGCUGCACGUGCGGCGCCUGCAGAAGGCGCUGCGCGACUGGGUCACCAACCCGGCCAUCUUCAACCAGCCGCUCACGUCGCUGCCCGUCUGCAGCAUCCCCGUCUACAAGCUCCCCGAGGGCUCGCCCACGCUGCUCAGUGCGCAGGACCGAGCCAACACGGCCAGCGUCAAGAUGCCCAAAGCCGUCGCUGCCGCCUGCUCCGACCCGGGGAAGCUGGACGUGGCGCGGGACAAAGUGUCAGCCGGGUCGCCCCUGCAGGGCAGCAGCGAGGCCCGCUUCUGGUCGGGACACAGCAACGACAGCGAGCACAGCCUGUCGCCGUCAGACCUCGGCUCCCCGUCCUCGCCGAGAGACGCGUUAGAGGCUCUGGACGCCGCCGCCGUCCAGUCGGUCCUGGAGUGUGUGGACAGGAUGGCACCAGGACUUCCUAAGACAGACUUAGCCGAGGUCAAAGAGCAGCUGAAGAACAACAAGAAACUGGCAAAGAUGAUCGGACACAUCUUUGAAAUGAGCGACGAUGACUCGCGGCGGGAGGAGGAGAUCCGUAAAUACAGCGCCAUCUACGGACGCUUUGACUCCAAGAGGAGGGACGGCAAACACCUGACGCUGCACGAGCUGACGGUGAACGAGGCGGCGGCCCAGCUCUGUAUGAGGGACAUGGCGCUGCUGACACGCAGAGACGAGCUGUUCGGACUCGCCCGGCAGAUCUCCAGAGAGGUCACGUACAAAUACACCUACCGCACCAGCAAGUCUCGCUGCAGCGACAGAGACGAGCCGUCCCCGAAAAGGAUUAAAACAGAGGAAAACUUCUUCGACAUCCAGGAGGCGCUGCAGGCCAUCCACAUGAGGCAGGAGAUGCUGAGGGAGCAGCUGGCCUGCGCCAAGUCGAAAGGAGAAGAGACCGUCGGGCGAAACCUGCAGAUGCAGCUGGAGCGUCUGCUGGCCAGGCAGAUGGAGAUCCUCCAGGACGCAGCCGUCCAGGAGCGACUCCAGGCUCUGGACUGGAGGAUCCCCCCCGCCGCCUUAAAGUACCUCAACGACGCCCAGAACACCAACGGAGCCGUCGCCGACGCCAGCAGAGACAACCAAGAUGAACGACCAAUCAACUUGCGCGUGGUUAGUCAGAACAUGCAGGAAGGCGACCUCCCGUUGGGCAAGCAGCUAGCCAAUGAACUGAAGCGCCAUCACAACCACAACAACAACAACAGCAACACAGACGAGACCAAAACACCAGCAACAGAAAACGGGACGUCGCAGCGAGCGUCCAGCAACACAGAGAAGAAGACCAUCAAGUCAGAGCCGGAAGACUCCACAUAGUGCCUCCCGCCUCGCCCUACCACCACCCCCCACUUCAUUCUACUCACACUUGACAGUAUGCAGUUAUUACCCGUCAAUAGAUACUAAGCAAGCACAGCCACAGUAGAGCCUUAACAACCAAUGUUGCCUCAUGAAUAGCAUUUAUUUUUCUUCUUUCUCUGUCUUUUUGUUCUUUUGUUUAAACGGUAUUUGCCAAAGCACCUCGAGAGCAUGACGAGAAGCCCCUCAGUGCUCCGCAGGUCUUUGUCUGUUGAUUAAUUGUACACGUUAGAUGUACAUGUAAUUUAAGAGUGAUCUGUUUGUAUACUCUUUACCUCUUCCUGGGUGUUUUGUUUGUUGCUUUCUUUGGACAGCCAGGUUGCGGGCUGUGACGCCGGGGCUGAGUCUUAACUCAAAGGUAGAUUCAGAGAUGAGACAGAAGCAGAAAGGUUGGCUGUGUUGCUGCACGUCAUCAGCAUCUUGGUAACACUUUAUAUGACUACCAUGUAGCCAAAAUUUUAAGGCCUUCGUCAAAAAGCCGCAGAAGCUGCCAAUAUUAAAUCUAAAAUUGUAUUGCCAAACAAGCAGUGGUACUCUAAACAUGUCUUACUUUGGUCCUGAAAUAUCUUGAUAAAUAUUUGACAGAUUGGUACGAAGUUUGGUUUUGGACAUUCCUCAAAACUUUGGCGAUGCUCUUGAUGUAGCGCCAUCUGCAAGUCAUUCAUAAUGAAGCAGUGAAAUAUCUCAACGUUUCCUGAGUAGAGUAGUAGUGGUUUGCUGCCUCUGUCAAGUAGCUGUCUGUUAGUCACUCACUCUACAGCAGGAAAUGGCGCUUCACUGUACUUCAGAAUAAAGUGUGAAAAAACUUGACACGUUUGAGAGUCACUUGCGGCCCAUUCAGAAUGGAUCUGCGACCCACUUUUGGACCGCAGCCCACCAGUUGGGAACUGCAGCCUUCAGGUUUUAUGUGGCGCCCUCAUCAAGUCAGAACGUAUUGGUCCAGUAAUUUGGUUUAUGACCAAAUACCUGCAGAACUACGAACAAUAGCUAGCAUGCUAACUAUGAUGGUGACCAUAGCAAACAUUACUAGCUAAUCAUUAGCAUUUAGCUUGAAAGCAAUGCAAGUGCAGUCUAGCAGAUCAUUUUCAUAAUCGAAAGACGAAUUACAGUUAUUUUGGGGUUGGCAGCUCUGCAAGGUCAUCGAAUCAAUAUUACCCUAAUGCUAAUAGUAAACAGUAUAGAUUAAACUUGUGAUAAAGUAAACAUAAGUACUUAUUAGGGCUGCACAAUACAUCAUUUUUCAGUCGUCAUUGUGAUGUCAACUUGAGCAAUAAACACAUUGCUAAAGACUACGAUAUAGCACUUUGAAUUUACUAACAACGUUAGUAAUACAACGUUAAAAUACAUUAUAUCGUUAGGCGCUAUUUUGUCUGAUACUAGCCAUGCAGUUAACUCUCGGGCCAAUCACAAAGAGUCCUCACCAUUAGGCGUCAUAAUUCUGUACACGCGACUUACCGCAAAGGUAAAACACCUACUGGAGUUCUUAUUGUCACCGAUUCGCCUUUCCCGCCCUUGGAAGUGUCCCACCAUCUGCUGGUUCGUCCGAGCCUUAUUGAAAGCCGUUGUUUAUUUCGGACUUUAAACCGCAGACGCACUCAGGGUGCUUUCAGACAUAGAGAUGGUUCGUGUUCUCACGGCAGCAUUUACAAGAGGACCAGAUCAAAUGCCUUG